UCCUGUGUAUGUUACUUAAUGUUCAUUUGUCUGUGGUGCCUCACAGACACCUAUUGUCACAUGAACAGUCAUUAAUUCAGCCACUGUCGACAUGAAGCCAAAAGGCAGAAGUCUUACCAAAAAAAGUGCCUCUUAAUUAAUGUGCCAACUCUGAACAUACACACAGGAGCAGCAAUUAGUCAGCUUAGGGCUAAAGCCAGAAGCUUUCCUCUGCGCCUGGGUCCUUUAAAAGCAGGAGAGCAAACCCCAAGGAUCCCGGUGGAGCGCAGCCGGCGUGUGAGGCUGACAGAGACGGGGAAGGAAGCACAGCAGAGCAGGCUGGUGCUCUCCAGAGAAGUGUGACUGUUACCUAUGAAUCCUAAACCAUGUGUCCAGUGAUGCAGAUCUUCUAAAGAAACAUGAAACCAAACCCAAAAAGAAAUCACUGAGGGGGAAAAAGUGCAACAUGAGAGUUUAAUUGAAACAAGCUGAGAUCGUCUGCACAUUCUAUGAAGUGUUUCCAUACUCUGGCUGUCUAGUCUCUCUGACGGGUAAUUUUAGAGCUGCCACAUCUGAAUGGGAAAAGAGGGAACACCUUGAGAGUUCCAAACAGCAGCCCUUCUGUGGACCAUGCUGCCAGGGAUAGUCAGUGGCUGAAAGAUGCAAGACUUUGCCCCCUGUCUGUAAGAUGGAUUGAGACAAAUAUUUUGCAAAUGUGAUACGACUGACUUCAGCAUAAGUGUAUUUUUGAGCUUCUGAUUUACAUCUUUGCAAUGCUAGGGGACUUAUAGAUGCUUUUAUUUACCAGAAAAAACGAAAAACUGGGCUGUGGAGAAGAGCUGCUGGGAGCUGUGACAGACCUCGAGGGCAGAGGAUUACUAGGCAACUCCUGCAGAUUCUCAUCGAAGACUUUGGCUCAGCCCUGAAGUCAGCACAUGCAGAGCUGUGGGUUCAGCAGCUGAAGAUGGAGGUGCUGCGUCGUUCCUCAGUCUUUGCUGCAGAGGUGAUGGAGGUUUUUGACAGGUCUCCCACUGACAAAGAGCUUGUGUCCCAAGCCAAGGCUCUCUGCAGAGACUACAUAAACUCGAGGCUGAUUCAGGCGGGUGUCAGCUGGAGCAAACCCGAGUACAAUGCCCCAGUGCCUGGGGGUAAGCUGGCCGAGGUGUCCACCAUACUGCUACGACUUGGGGAUGAGCUGGAGUACAUUCGCCCCAAUGUCUACCGGAAUAUCGCCCGCCAGCUGAACAUCUCGCUGCACUCAGAGACUGUGGUGUCAGACGCCUUCCUGGCAGUGGCUGCACAGAUCUUCACUGCAGGCAUAACGUGGGGCAAGGUGGUGUCUCUCUAUGCCGUGGCAGCUGGGCUGGCGGUGGACUGCGUGCGGCACGCGCAGCCAGCCAUGGUUCACACCAUCGUUGACUGCCUGGGAGAGUUUGUCCGCAAGACCUUGGUGACAUGGCUGAAAAGGAGAGGAGGCUGGGCAGACAUCACAAAAUGUGUGGUGAAUACUGAUCCCAGCCUUCGCUCCCACUGGCUCGUGGCUGCUGUUUGCAGUUUUGGUCACUUCCUCAAGGCCAUCUUCUUCGUCCUGCUGCCUGAGAGAUGAAUCUGAGUUGUCAAGCACAACUCCCUUGCCCCAUCUUCUCUCCCACUCCAGAAGCAACCAGAAGUAACUGGAGAAGUAAUUCCAGACUGGUAAUGAAAAUCUCUGAAGAGGAGGAAGAGAAGAACUGGGACAAAAAAAUAAAAAGGCUGCUCUCCCAUCAAGUGGGAGCAGAUGAUCAACCAUGGUCUCCUAUUUGCAGCCACACGAGCCUCUCUCACCAUUAAUCCUUCCAAGAAUCUUGUUUCCCUGGGUAACUUGCAUGUGUGGCCUAGAUGUAGCUGGUCCCUGGACACGCUGAUGGCAGCUGUGUGCAGUGUGGGACUGUCAGAUGGCUGCUCCUUACGGCUGUGUUGCAUGCUUAUGCUAGCACCAGGCAGAGGGGAGGAGGAAGGGAAUAUUAUUUGAAAUGGGAUUAGAAAGUAGGAGAGGGGAAGAGUCCCUCCUUCACUCCAUGUGAUUUCCCUUUCAGUCCUCAGACUUGCCUUGUGUUGAUUCUUGUUGUUACAUUUGUGUUUAAACUUCAUCUCCUCCUUUAUCCCUAACUCACUUGCUGGGCUCUGCCCCAGCAGAGCAUGGUGGGUUUUUAACAAGAUAAAACCAAAUAAUCUGUCAACAGUUGCUUCGCUCUGACAUGUCUUGGAGAUUGGGCUGAGUAGCUGUGAGGGGCAGGACAAGAGGGCAAAGUAUGUUUUGUUGACCCCUCUCACUGCACUCACCCAGUCAAACAGGAGAGCAAGGGGCAAUGCCUUCAAGCAACAACUUGAGAUGGAAUUUCAUCAUGAAAAAAACUGGUUUUGCCCCUGAGAUUCUGUCAGAGCUAAGCAUGUAAGUAGGAAAGGCUGGGGAGCACAGGCAGAAAUAGAGAAACAGUAAGUGAACUGACUGGCAUGGUAAAAGCAGUGAGCUGUGCUGAAAAUAGCUGAUGUAUGUUUCUCCUCUAAUCUCUUUCAAGUACAAUUCCUAGUCUUCUUUGUGGCAAACAAUAAAGGAAAAUAAGUGGUA